AUGACUGAACCAACCAACGCUAUUGCAUCCAAGCAGUCCCUCAUUUUGGACCUGCCUCCCAGCUGCAUAGAGUUUUGCUUAUCGCACCCAAAGUAUUUCGUGGUUGGAACUUAUGACUUGGUCAAGGAUGAAGAACCACCGAAUGAGUCGGAGGAUGCGACUUCUUCUAUCGCCAAUAAGCCCCAAGACCGCAACGGUAGUCUCAUUGUUUACCAGCUAGAAAACGGGGUAGUGCACCAUGUUCAAACCGUCCCUCACCCGUCGGCGAUUCUUGAUCUGCACUUCUGCCCUUUGCCGAGCUGGCGCGACAUCAUGGCAGUGGUCUCCAGCACGGGAACACUGUCCAUAUUCCAGUUGAACCCAGGCGUAGAUGUGUCGUCACCGCUCAAGCACUUGGCCACGAGCAGGAUACGUGACGUCCCCGAGGGCGUCUUGUUUCUUUCAGGAGUUUGGGACACCAACGAUGCAUAUUCCAUCGCGAUCACAACCUCUGCAGGCGAGGUGCGCGUCGCAAAGCUCGAUGAGUCUUGGCGGAUCAUCGAUGACGAUUCGGACGCUGUGAUUAAGCAUUCGCUAGAAGCUUGGACGGCGGCCUUCUCUCCUACCGAGGACCCCUUUGUCAUAUACUCGGGAGGUGACGAUUCUGCGCUUCGGUACGCAUCGUGUACGCGCAGCAGCGAGGACGGUAGCGAAGCCAUGUCAGGAGUCAAGACCUUGUACCCACCCCUCAACAUUACCGGGCACGGUGCCGGUGUGACGGCCAUCCUGCCGGUCCCUGUCAAACUUGUGGACGGCUCUAGGUUACUAGUGACAGGCAGUUACGACGACACCAUACGACUGUUUUCUGUCCAGCCCCCACACAACACAUACGGCCUCCGCCAGUUCAAGGGUUUGGGCGAGAAAAAUCUGGAAGGGGGCGUCUGGAGGCUCAAGUUGGUCGAAUAUCGGGAGAGGGACGGUCGCUGCCGCCUGAGGAUUUUGGCAUCAUGUAUGCACGCUGGUGCUAGAGUUGUCGAACUGGAGGGGCCACUGGAGAGUGAGGGAUGGAACAUCAGUGUCCUAGCCCGAUUCGAGGAACAUCAGAGCAUGAACUAUGGCAGCGACUUCGUUCCUGGUUCAGGGCAGGGCCGCCUCGAAUGUGUGUCGACGAGUUUUUAUGACAAGCUCUUGUGUUUGUGGGAGGCAGAUCUGGAUUAG